AGUCGAAAUUCUUGAAAAGAACAAAUAAAAAGCAAAAAAAUUGAAUCUUUUCUUGUUUCUUGAUUCUUGAUGGCAAAGACUAAACCAGGGAAAAAGGACCUUGAUUCUUACUCUAUCAAGGGUACCAACAAAGUCGUACGAGUUGGUGAUUGUGUAUUGAUGAGACCAUCCGAUUCGGAUAAGCCCCCAUAUGUGGCAAAAGUAGAUAGAAUUGAGGCAGACCAUCGCAACAAUGUGAAGGUCCGAGUUCAGUGGUACUACCGCCCCGAGGAGUCAGUUGGUGGACGCAGACAGUUCCAUGGGGCUAAAGAGCUGUUCUUGUCUGAUCACUAUGAUUUUCAGAGUGCACACACAAUUGAAGGGAAGUGCAUAGUGCACUCCUUCAAGAACUACACAAAGCUAGAGAAUGUGGGCCCUGAGGAUUACUUUUGUAGGUUCGACUACAAAGCUGCCACAGGAGGGUUCACUCCUGACCGUGUUGCUGUGUAUUGCAAGUGUGAAAUGCCCUAUAACCCGGACGAUCUCAUGGUACAAUGUGAAGGGUGUAAAGACUGGUUCCAUCCUAUUUGUAUGGGUAUGACCAUUGAAGAAGCAAAGAAAUUAGACCCUUUCUUGUGUUCUGACUGUUCAUCGGAAGAUGAUGCUAAACGACUUUGAACUCUUUCCAUGUUGAGCCAAAGGUGGAGUUGAAGCGCAGGAAGAGAUAGCAACUUGACUCUUCGUGCAGUGGGAGGAGGUACACUUUUUCCUGCGUACUGUCCGAGACGACAUAUGGAAUGGGAUUCAUGAUGCAGAACUGCUUGUACAGCUGAAGUAUGGAGUUACUAGCUUUAUGGUUUCUGUAAUGUCAUUAUGACUUUUCAGAGCAAGCUCAUAUUUCUAAAGCAUCUUCAAACUCCUUUAGAAUUUGUAUGAACUAAAUGAAACAAGGGCCAUUGUAGACCUUUGUAGUAUAUUUGCCUUGUUAACUUAUCAAUCCAAGUGCCUUCAGGAAGGCAACCAAAUGUUGAAAAGAAA